GGAGGCUGGUCUCCCAUGGUAACGGACCGCGAGCCCUGGCUGCAGCUGGACCUCCGGGAGCGCAUGGAGGUGACGGCUGUGUCCACCCAGGGCCGGGCUAACAGUCAGGACUGGGUCAGCCGCUACAUGCUGCUGUACAGUGACACUGGACAGGCGUGGAAGCAGUACCGGCAGGAGGAUGGGGUGGGGACUUUUGAGGGGAACACAAACGCAGAGGGUGUGGUACAGAACAGACUGUCUCAGCCUGUGAGGACUCGCUUCCUCCGCCUAGUGCCCGUGGACUGGAACCGCAGCGGCUGGAUCGGACUCAGGCUGGAGGUCUACGGCUGCUCCUACAAGUCGGACGUGGCAGAUUUCGAUGGCCGCAGCGCUCUGUUGUACCGGUUCAACCAGAAGUCCAUGUCCACGGUGAAGGAUGUGAUUUCGCUGCGCUUCAAAAGUCGACAGGCAGAGGGCGUCCUGCUGCAUGGGGAAGGGCAGAGGGGGGACUACAUCACCCUGGAACUGCACCGUGGCAAACUGGCUCUCUACCUCAACCUGGAUGACACAAGGUUGCGUUUGAGCAGCGGGCGAGUAGCGGUCACUGUGGGCAGCCUGUUGGAUGACCAGCACUGGCACACGGUGGUGAUGGAGCGCUUCAAUAGACAAGUCAAUCUGACUGUGGAUGCCCACAGCCAGCACUUCACCACCAGGGGGCAGGGCGACUCGCUGGAGGUGGACUAUGAGCUGAGCUUCGGGGGGAUCCCUCUGCCGGGAAAACCAGGAACCUUUCUGCGUAAAAACUUCCAUGGCUGCAUUGAGAACCUCUACUACAACGGCAUCAAUAUCAUUGACCUGGCCAAGAGACGCAAGCCCCAGAUCUACUCUGUGGGUAACGUGACCUUCUCGUGCUCGCAGCCUCAGCUAGCGUCCUGUUCGUUUUUGAGCUCCAGCAGCAGUUACCUGUCCCUGCCCGCCCCAGCCCCCUCCUAUCCCUCCUCCCCCUCCACCUCCUCCUCGACAAUGGGGGGGUUCUCGGUUCGAUUCCAGUUCAGGACGUGGAACCAGGAGGGCUUUCUUUUGGGGGCCCGCCUCAGCCCGGAGCCCCACAAACUGGAGCUGAGCAUCAGUAACAGCAGACUGGUGCUGAGCCUACACAGCGCGGGACAUAAGGCUCAGGCCACGGCAGGGCACAAGGUGAACGACGGCCUGUGGCACUCAGUGAGCCUGGACAGUAGAAACCUGCAGAUCAGCCUGAGCCUGGACUCAGAGCCCCCCUCCACCAUCGACCAGUGGGAGCAGCUACACACCCGUGGCAGCUUCUACUUAGGAGGAUGUCCCGUGUCCGGCUGCAGGAACCCCACCAUCUCGUUCCAGGGCUGUAUGCGCCUAAUCUCCAUCAAUGGUCAACCAAUCAGCCUCCAGCAUGUUCAACAAGGCCUUCUGGGAAACUACAACGAGCUAUUGUUCGACACCUGCUCCAUUAGAGACAGAUGCCUUCCCAACCUGUGUGAGCACGGGGGCCGCUGUGUACAGACGUGGAGCUCCUUCUCCUGUGACUGCUCAGGGACAGGGUACUCUGGCGCCACCUGUCACAACUCCAUCUACGAACCUUCCUGUGAGGCCUACAAACUGAUGGGCAGCUCGUCAGGAUUCUACUCCAUCGACCCCGACGGCAGCGGACCCCUGGGGCCUACCCAGGUCUACUGCAACAUGACAGAUGAGCGUGUGUGGACAGUGAUCACUCACAACACCACAGAGCCGGUGAGGGUGCAGGGCUCCUCAGUGCUCCAGCCUCACAUCAUGGACCUCAACUACAGCGCCUCCUCUGACCAGCUGAGGGCAAUAGUGGCCGGCUCAGAACACUGCCAACAGGAAGUGGUCUACAGCUGCAGGAAGUCCCGCCUCUUUAACACCAAAGAUGGCCGUCCUCUUUCCUAUUGGCUGGACCAGAGCGGGGAGAGGCGGAGCUACUGGGGCGGCUUCCUGCCUGGAGUGCAGCAGUGCUCGUGUAGCCUGGAGGAGAACUGUGUGGACAUGAACUACUUCUGCAACUGUGACGCCGAUACAGACACAUGGUCUAGUGACUCCGGCGUGUUGUCGUACAAAGACCACCUCCCGGUCAGUCGUCUGGUGGUCGGGGACACGGACCGCUCCGGCUCUGAGGCUGUGUACCGCAUUGGACCCCUGCGUUGCUAUGGAGACAAGUCGCUAUGGAACUCGGCAUCGUUCUACCAGGACUCUUCGUACCUGCACUUCCCGCCUCUGCACAGUGAGCUGUCCACAGACGUGUCCUUCUUCUUUAAGACCAGCAGCAGCAGCGGAGUGUUCCUCGAGAACCUGGGCCUCAGCCAUUUCAUCAGGAUCGAGCUCAGCUCUCCGUCGGUGAUCACGUUCUCUUUUGACGUGGGGAAUGGUCCAAUGGUGCUCACAGUAAAGUCCCACCUGCCCCUGAAUGACCGACAAUGGCACCAUGUCCGAGCGGAGAGGAGCGUGAAGGAGGCACUGCUGCAGGUGGACCAGCUGCCCCUGCGCUUCCUCCAGGCGCCCUCCGAUGGACACACCCGGCUAAGGCUCACCAGUCAGCUCUUUGUGGGUGGGACGUCUUCCCGGCAGAGAGGCUUCCUGGGCUGCAUCCGAACUCUGGUCAUAAACGGCGUGACCUUUGAUCUGGAGGAGCGUGCUAAGCUAGCCCCCGGUGUUAGCCCCGGUUGCCCUGGGUACUGCAGCGGCUCCAGCAGCCUGUGCCAUAACCGUGGGCGCUGUAUUGAGAAGAGCAGCGGGUUCGCCUGUGAUUGCUCCCAGUCGGCCUAUGGAGGGCCCAGCUGCAAAGAAGAAGUGUCAGUGUCCUUUGAGCGCGAGUCCUCGGUCACGUUCACCUUCCAGGAACCCUUCUCGGUGAUGCAGAACCGCAGCUCCCAGGCCAGCGUUUGGAGGGAGAGAGAGAGGGAGCGGGAGGGCAGCAGGGCCAGAGAGGACAUGGCCUUCAGCUUUGUCACAUCGCACAGCCCCGCCAUGCUGCUCAGCGUCUCCACCUUCAGCCAGCAGUACAUCGCCGUCAUACUGGCGCGCAAUGGCAGUCUUCAGAUCUGGUACCAGCUGCAGUCAGACAGAGCCCCGGAUGUGUUCAGUCCCGUGGUGCAUUCACUGUCGGAUGGGAGACUGCACAGGAUACGACUGCACAGAGAGGGGCGGGACCUCUACGUACAGCUGGACCAGGACGUGCACAGGAAGUACCGUUUGUCCUCAGCCUCGGAGCUGGUCUUGAUCCGGUCGCUGACUCUGGGGAAGGUCGUGAGGACGGAGGGUUUCCCAGAGGAGGUGGUGCAGGCUGGGGCACGGGGCUUCGUGGGCUGCCUCUCUUCUGUCCAGUUCAACCAUGUGGCCCCUCUCAAGGCAGCGCUCCUGAACCGAGGGAGCUCCCUGGUCACCAUCAGGGGCCCUGUGGUGCAGUCCAACUGUGGAGCACUGGCCGACACGCUUUCAUCACACAACCUGCUGGAUCAGUCGUCCACGUCGAGUCAGGACACGGAGCAGAGGGACUCUCAGAGUGAUGUGGCUCUAAUAGCAGGAGUGGUGACGGCGGUGUCCUUCAUCACCGUGUGCGUGGUCGCCGUGGUGACGAGGCUCCUGUACAGGCGGCAGGUGCAGAGGGGUGACCCGGGCUCGCACAAGGACAAACAGCAGAGGAGCACGGAGGAGCCCGCCUUCAGGACAGAGCUACACCUGCACCACGCCAUGAGGGACAGCAUCAAGGAGUACUACAUCUGAACUGCUACUACUACUGCAAAUACUACUACUACUACUGCUACUACUACUGCAAAUACUUCAGGAGCCUUCAGGACGCCAAUGAAGUACAGGAAGAAGAGAUGUAACAGGGCUAGAGAAGGAGCAUAUCUAGAGUCAUACUGGGUUAGCAGUGUUGGCCAAUCUGUGGGUUUCAAAAUGAUGAUAAAUUAGAACCAUUGUCAUAGCAAUUAGCAAUUUAAAACAAAAUAGUAUAUCUUU